CGCGAAGUCGGUCGCGUUUUUCGAAAAUGUGCAUUUUAAGUUGAUUUUGAAUUCGAUCUGUCACCGAAAUGAGUGCCGCAAUCGCCGUCUCCCUCCUGGAGAACGUGCUGAGACGCCAACACUUAAACGUCAUGAGUACUAUUACGGACCCCCUGCUAAGUCUGGGAGCCAGUACUAUCUCGAAUCUCGCAGUUUUUGUGCCGACCCUUAUCGCAGCCCUAGCUUACUUCCAGUACGAACAGCUCGAUCCAGAAAGUCGACCCAUUAACGUGCCAACGGAGGAGUUGCUGGAUAGGUACGACUUUAUCGUCGUAGGGGCUGGAUCAGCGGGAGCAGUGGUGGCGAACAGGCUGACGGAGGUGGAGAAUUGGAAAGUGCUGCUUCUGGAAGCCGGAGGGGAUGAAACGGAAAUAUCAGAUGUACCUCUGCUAGCGGCGUACCUCCAACUAUCUCAGUUGGAUUGGAAAUACAAGAGUGAACCACAGGGACAAGCUUGCCUAGCUAUGAAUAACGGCAGAUGCAAUUGGCCCAGGGGCAAAGUCAUUGGUGGGUCGUCCGUGCUUAAUUACAUGUUGUAUUUGAGAGGAAACAAGAAGGAUUAUGACAUAUGGGAAUCUAUGGGCAAUCCGGGUUGGGGAUCCCAAGACGCUCUACAUUACUUCAAGAAAUCCGAAGAUAAUAAGAACCCUUAUCUGACGAAGACUCCUUACCACGCCACUGGUGGAUACCUGACAGUGUCGGAACCACCGUAUAAGACGCCAUUGGCUACCGCUUUCGUGGAAGCUGGCAAGCAGCUCGGUUACAAAAACCGAGACAUCAACGGCGAAUUCCAAACGGGUUUCAUGUUUGCCCAAGGUACCGUGCGUAAUGGCGCGCGUUGCUCCACCGGAAAGGCGUUCCUCAGGUCAAUUCGACUGCGCCAAAAUCUUCACGUAGCCAUGAAGGCUCACGUAACGCGGGUGCUGAUCGAUCCCACUACCAAGGUAGCUUUCGGUAUCGAAUUCGUCCGAGACAACAAACUGCAUCGAAUCAGGGCCACCAAGGAGGUGAUCUUGUCAGCGGGGGCGGUAAACUCGCCUCAAAUCCUCAUGUUGUCUGGAGUCGGUCCUAAAAGCGAACUCGAACGGCAUAAGAUUCCGGUCAUCCAGGACCUUAGCGUAGGGAAUAACUUGCAAGAUCACAUAGGGUUAGGCGGUUUGACAUUCACGAUAAACAAAGAAGACUCGGUGACUCUGGACAGAGUCUACGCGGCCGCACCUUUGAUGCAGUACGCGAUCUGGGGACAAGGACCUUUGACCAUAAUGGGCGGAGUCGAAGGACUCGCGUUCGUCAAUACGAAAUACGCCAACGCUUCUGACGAUUUCCCCGAUAUCGAGUUCCAUUUUGUGAGUGGAUCUACCCACUCUGACGGGGAGCAAUUGAAGAAAGCCCACGGAUUAACGGACGCUUUUUACAAUCGAGUUUUCAAGCCGAUAGAGAAAAAAGAUGCUUGGAGCGUAAUACCGAUGCUUCUCAGACCGAGAAGUAAGGGUGUCAUCAAACUGAGAAGUAAAAAACCGUCCGAUCCGCCUUUGAUAUACCCUAACUAUUUUAUGGACGAUUUCGACAUGAAAACGUUGAUAGAGGGCGCGAAAAUCGGGCUCCAAAUGAGCCAAACUCCAGCAUUUCGAGCAUACGCCAGUCGGCAUCACGAGUUUCCUCAAUGUACUCACAUAGAGAAAUACACGGAUCAAUAUUGGGAGUGUAUGAUUAGGCUUUAUUCGGUCACCAUAUACCAUCCCGUCGGAACUUGCAAGAUGGGACCUUACUGGGACCAGGAAGCGGUAGUCGAUCCUCAAUUGAGGGUCUACGGUAUAAAAGGGUUGAGGGUGAUCGAUGCCAGUAUUAUGCCGAAUUUGGUGAGCGGGAACACCAACGCGCCAGUGAUCAUGAUUGGUGAAAAAGGUUCGGACAUGAUUAAAGAGUUCUGGUUGAAAACUGUGAAUAUGGGCAAAAUAUAUAGAACUUUGCAAGGAAUUUAGGUGCGGAAUGUUUAGUGAAGCGAGGACUGCGGUGGUAU